AGUUUUCAGUUGACCAAAGAAAUGGUGAUGGAGAAGCCAAGUCCCCUGCUGGUCGGGCGGGAGUUUGUGAGGCAGUACUAUUACCAAGCACCUGACUAUUUGCACAGAUUUUAUGGAAAGAACUCUUCCUAUGUCCAUGGUGGCUUGGAUUCCAAUGGAAAACCAGCUGAUGCAGUCUACGGUCAAUCUGAUAUCCACAAAAAGGUGCUGUCAUUAAACUUCAAGGAUUGCCACACGAAGAUUCGCCAUGUGGAUGCCCACGCUACUCUCAAUGAUGGUGUUGUAGUCCAGGUGAUGGGAGAGCUCUCCAAUAACAGGCAGCCUGUGCGCAGAUUCAUGCAAACGUUUGUGCUUGCACCCGAGGGUUCUGUUGCAAACAAGUUUUAUGUCCACAAUGAUAUCUUCCGCUACCAAGAUGAGGUUUUCGGUGACUCUGACACUGAGCCUCCAGAGGAAUCAGAGGAAGAAGGGGAAGAACCUGAGGAAAGACAGCAGACACCUGAGGCUGUUCCCGAUGAUACCAGUGCUUAUUAUGAGCAGACUGUCAGCAAUGACAUUGAGGAACACCUGGAAGAGACAGCUGCAGAGGCAGAGCCUGAGCCAGAGGCAGAGCCUGAACAGGAACCUGAACCAGAAGCACAGGAAGAAAAAUCUGAGCCAGUAUUAGAGGAGUCAGCUCCAGAAGAGACUGUGGAAAAGAGUCCUUCUCCAGCUCCUGCUGAUCCAGCUCCUGCAGUGCAAGAGGACUCCAGGACAUUUUCCUGGGCAUCAGUAACCAGUAAGAACCUCCCUCCCAGUGGAGCUGUUCCGGUAUCGGGGAUACCACCUCAUGUUGUGAAAGUUCCAGUCUCGCAGCCCCGUCCUGAGGCAAAACCUGAAUCUCAGACCCCACCUCAGAGACCUCAGAGAGAUCAGCGAGUGAGGGAGCAGCGAACAAGCAUCCCACCACAGAGGGGUCCUAGACCAAUUCGUGAGGGUGAACAAGGCGAUGUGGAAACCAGGCGGAUUGUGAGAUACCCGGACAGUCAUCAGCUGUUUGUUGGGAACCUUCCCCACGAUGUGGAUAAAAGUGAGCUUAAGGACUUUUUCCAAAAACUUGGCUUUUCUCUUGCAGGCUAUGGCAAUGUUGUUGAACUCCGCAUCAACAGCGGCGGAAAGCUCCCCAAUUUUGGGUUUGUGGUGUUUGAUGAUCCUGAACCAGUUCAGAAGAUCCUUAGCAGCAGGCCCAUCAUGUUCAGGGGAGAGGUACGCCUGAAUGUGGAGGAGAAGAAAACACGAGCUGCCAGGGAGGGUGACCGCAGAGAUAACCGACCACGUGGACCUGGAGGCACUCGUGGGGGGCUGGGAGGUGGGAUUCGAGGGCCUCCACGUGGAGGAAUGUCCCAGAAGCCAGGAUUUGGAGCUGGAAGGGGGAUCGGGCAACGCCAGUGAAUGCAUCGUGGAUGUUGACCUGCUGGCACAAACCUUUUCUCCUGCAGAUUUGUGAAUUUCAGCCUUGGGUAUCUUGGAAUGUGGCCCUAGCCUGUUAUAGACUGCUACGUUUGAUACUAUUUUGGCCCCUUUUCGUUUGUGUUAUGGUUUUGUGAUUUAUUUUUUUUUUCUAGUCCUUGUCCCAGAUUCCAGCUUUGUGGAACAACGUUUUAGGAAAAGUGGAUUUUGAAAAGAACUGAAUCUUCUUGUUCACCUCAAACUUAACGGACUGGAUUUUUUUGGUACCAGUGGUUUUUCCUAAAGGAAUGUCUUUAUUUUUUUUCUUUUUCUCCCCUCUUUCUACUGAAUUUGGGUGUGUUUCAGUCAGUGGAAUAAUAUUUCACAUGCAUGCGUUCAAGAGCCUGUAGAACAUAGUACUUGGCAAGUGUUUCAAGGGCAGGAAAACGAAACUAUUGAUUUAUUCUUUGAGGGUCAUAUGAACGUCCUCUGGUCUGGAGAUAUUGCCACUUGAAAAAUUGACAUUCACCUUUCGCUUUGUGGCGCUGUAAAAGUGGAAUAAUGGCUAUCCGUAGAAUCUUUUUUAUUACGUGAUCACGGAAAGGAAUUCGAACUACUGUUUUACCACUUCAAAUUUUUUUGGAUUGUGGGAUAGGUUUUAAAUGUCUAGAACUUGACUCUUAAAACACUUUUCCUGAACUUGUGAAAUUUUUUAUUGAAAUAGGGAGGUUUUUUUCAUGUUUAGUUUGUAUUUGUAUAAAAAAAAAAGCAAAAUUGUUGUGCCUUCUAUUUAUCUCUCAUUCCAGUCUUGGCAAAUUGUUUAAAAAAAAUAAUAAAAAAGGUCUAGAUUUGCUUUAUCAA